AUGUUAUCGAUUUUAUACGUAAUUGGAGGAGCCACUGCGUUUUCACUCAUUGACGAUUCAAUCUCCAAAAAUGAUUUCGCUAGCAGAUGCUUCUUUGUAUUUUCUACUCUUACCACAAUUGGUUAUGGUAAUGUCAGUCCUGGGAAUUCGCUCAGCAAAACUUUUUGUAUGUUCUACGUAAGCGUCGGUAUUCCACUUCUACUAUUGGCGCUCGCAAAUAUUGGACAGUUAUUCGCUGAACUUUAUUGGACAAUCACUCUGAGUGUUUUCAGUGAUUUGGUUGGUCUUUUCUUAUAA